CUCCAGCAGCAGUGUCAUGGCUCUGGGAUGACGGGGGCAAUGACAGUUGUCAGCGUGUCUCACGUCACGGAGCUGGAUGUGUGUGCAGCUCCCGCACCUCUCUGUGCCCCUCCCCUGCCACUCGUGUGUGUGUUCUGAUCUGUAGGCAGCUAGAGGUCUGUGGUACUUUACUGGGAUCCGUUUUCUCUCUGUCUUUCUCCUCUGUUCUCUCGCUCUUUCUCUAACAAAGUUUUUUUGCAUUGCAUGUGUUAACUGGGUAUCAUUCGGUACUAGCUCUCUCACACUCUGUCCUAAUCACAACACCUUUUCACCUCCCCUCUCCCAUUUCUCCAAUGUCCCCUACCCCUGUUCCCUCCUCCAAAUCCCUGGCCCUGAGAGAGAGAUCCAGUGGGCAGCCUCAGAGACACACAAACACGCGUUCACACACACAAGAGCAAACUCGAUUUAAAAAACACCUGUGCACAAACUGUGCUGGCCUCGAACUUGAGAGAGAAGAUUGAUUUCACACCGUGCCAUUUCACAUGAUGCUUUCCGGCCUUUUACCUUUGGCUACUGAGACACUGCACCAAGUCAGGGUCUGCUACAUCACAGCACCACUGGCAACAAUAUUCAGUUAGAAUCAAACCUCAGUCAGAUUAGAAGGAAACACACAUGCCCAGGGAUUUAUGACAGGUCAAAGGUCAUACAGUACACUCUCAUGGUGCAGUAUGACUGCAGUAACACACUGACCCCCUGCCCACCCUCAGUAUGUUAUCACGGGUGCUAACAGCCAUUUGGUGACUCUCUGCUCUGGGUCCAGGUGCUGACAUCAUCAACAUGAGGUGGGUCUGACAGACUGUGACGAUGUACCAACUGCUUAAAGGCUAUGUUGUUGUUCACAUCCAUGUAUCAACAGAGCUGUAGGUGUCUUUGCAAUGAUCAACCUUGUAUAGGUGUUUUUUCACUGCCACCCACACACGCAACAACAUUGCUCACUCGCCCACACACACACACACACACACAGAGCCUAGAGGAACACACAAUUAUACGCAGACUACUGUGCUGUUGCUCAGGCACCAGCUGUGUCUUUUCUCUGCUCUGUGCUGUGUUAGUGUUACACUCCCACCACCUCCCCGCCUUCAUUUGGGAAAAUGAACCCCUGGAAGAUUACCAAGGGAAAGGUCAUCUGCCGUCAGUCACUCGUCCCCUUUACAACCCUGACCCCGCCGAGGGCUCCAUCUCUAUUCAGCACCAGCUCCAACACUGCAGGAGGCAGACUGACGAGGUCAGUUAGAUGUUUUUAAGGUCAUUGAUUGUAAUGGAUCCAAUGAUUGGAAGGUGUCUGUUCUAUUUGGCCUGAGUCCCUUGAGGCCCAUGCAGGGGCUGUUGUUUCCAUUUAGUCACACCUAUCUGAGCCUCAGCAGGGAGGAAUGUGAGCGUGCAAGGCAGACAGACAGAGAGCCAAGGACAGCGGAGAUGGAAAUAGAGCUUUACAAGGAAGAGGAGAGCUACCCCCCUGCUCUGUCUAACAGACCCGGCUCCACAAGACUCCUGUAAAAACACACAUUCCACAGGGGGACGAGAGCGAGUGACGCCUGACUGCCACCCUCUGUUUUCUACUGUCACAUAGUUACUCACUCACUCAUACAGAGAUAAUCAUAUUAAAUAUGACCCAAGUUUUGGUUUUGGACAUUAAUUUCUGGUUAAGUGGAUUAGCGUGCUGUCUGUUCUGUGGGUUAAGGCCUAAGACACUGAUGGUGCAGUAAUCCCUAUUAAAAACCUCCCAUAUAACGCAAGGGGCUUCUGAACCCCAGUGUGAGGCUCACACACAGCCAGCGUCUACCACACACAGAAAAUAACACCGUCAGCAUCACUAGGUUUGAAGACGCACACAGGUUCCUGGUAUGGUGCCCCCUGUAUACCUCUUCCUUCCUUUACCCCCAUCUAUUUGGUUUUUACCCUCCCUCCACCUCCCCCUCCCAUGCACUGUGUCAAUGACAGCACAAUGCACAUUACCCUCCCUACCAACACUCGGUGUGGAUUUCUCUUGUUUGGAUAACAUUUUCUUUUUCUUUCUCUUAUAUUAACAGUAAUCAUUAAAUCAGUGAGUUUAUUGAUAUGCCUAGUUACCACAUUUCUGUUUUGUGUACAGUGUUUUAUACAUAUUUUUUAGGGCAAAAUAAAGAUUUUAGCUCUUUUAAUAAGAAAAAAGUAGAAAACAAAUUGCAGUUGAAAGCGUUAGUGACUGGCCGGUUUCUUACAUUGUGUCACGUGUGACUGUUCUUUUGACAGCCCAGUAUUUUAAAGCCAGGAUAACAUUGGGCACCGGCUGCUUCAGAAACAUGGCUGGAAGCUGGGGCAAGGACUGGGCAAAACCAUGCAGGGUAAGGUUUGUUGGAUUCCCUCUGUAUGUGUGUGUAUAAGUGUGUGUGUUUCUCCCACUCUCUACAAUUUACCUCAAUGUAACACCCCCCCUUUACAACGUAGGCUAAUACUGGCCUCUCUCGGCUUCCUCUUGUCUUUAUAAACCACUAAACUAUUAUUUCACUUUUCACAAUCUGCUCACAAGUACCUACAGUGCUUUGAUUCCAAGUACGAAAACCCCAACCAAAAUCCAAUUAAAAUCAAGGUAGAUCCUAGUAACCAAAGAUUGCAUCACAUCCUGUAGAAUCACCAGCUCCAAGUCUAGAUUUGUGUUUUUCCCUUUGAGUGUCUGUGGCUGCCAUGGUUGGGGGUUCUGAUUGGCUGUGACCACGGCUCAGUCUUUUGAAUGGCUUGCAGAGUAGCCCCCUUUUCCCCCACCUGCCUGUAUUUACCUUCAAACCUGUGGAGUGAGUGUGUACUGUAUGUAUGCGUGCGGUUGUCAUGUGGGACUGAGACGUGUGAAUUUGUGUGUGUCAUUCACGGACGGGGGCCCUAGGGAAAACUUACAGGGAGAACCUCACUCCCCCCUCCUGCACCCAAAAUGUGUCUGCCCCUCCCUCCCAUGUCCACCAAUGUCACACACACCCAUCAUCCCUCUCCCUUUGGCCUUCCCCCCCUGCACAGCAUGUCUGUCCCAGAGGUUCUACCCUGCCUGCCUCGGUCAUCUGGGGAUUUAAGCAGUGCUCUGUAUAGGCUACAGUGCUACACUCAAAGAACCCUUCAUAUGCUCCAUGGAGUACUUAAAAUUCAACUCUAAAUAGUCAUUUGACUGUUAUUUUCCUGUUGUUGCACACUUAGUGCUAGACCAAGUCUCCUAAGCACUGCUCAAAGCCCUGUGGCCCACUUUUUCAGGUACCUUUCUGUCUAUGUUCACCAUCCUGGGGGUAAGCAUGUCCCAAACUGAGCUUGCUGACAGUGGGACAGUGAGGGGAUUUGGGGGGAUCUAGGCUAACCAGGCUGACAAGACAAACAUCUGUCUGUGAGGCUGACAGAGGGGAGAAUGGUGGCUGUGUGUCGAGUGGUGUUCUGUUGUCAGGGGCAGCUGAUUGGUUGCAUGCUCGUAUCAAAUGAGGCAUGGUAAUUCCUCUUUACUCUAGCAGAUGCGAUAGAUAUUUUAACACACUACAUUUAAAGCAUGAUCUGUAGGACAGCCGGACAGGGAACCUCGCCCUGUUCCAAGUGGAUCUGUCCUCAGAUUCAGCUGUUUAAACAAUCAUCCCCUACCCUGAAGAACAGAGUCCAACUAAACUCCACCAGAGCCCUUAUCUGAUGGGGAUGUUAUCGAAGCCAGCUGCUGGCUCUAGCUCUCAAUCUUUGGGGUAGGGUGAAGGAAAAGUGAGGGGUCUUGUGGGUUACUUACCACAGAUAUAGGUGUACAGGAGAGAGGAACAGGGGGUCCAGGCACCCAUGGGAUAUUGGGGUAGAAAGACCCAGGACUGGGAUGGUGGGUGAGAGAGUGUGGUAGUGAGAGGAGAUCCCUGUAAGCACCCAGAGGGCCAAGAGUGUAGAGAGGAGAGGAGGGCUUUUAAUCCCCCCCCCCCCCCCAACUCCCAUCCCCACCCCUUCCGCCCUUCUCUAUGUGCCUCGAAUCUUCCUGCUUAACCAAUUGGUGUUUCUUUUUUACAGCGAUUUGAUCCUGCCCAUGUUGUGCUGAUGGUAAACUUAGUGGACGCACCGACCCUGUGCCCAUCAUCCUUAAAUAUGAUGUCAUGGGGAUGGGACGCAUGGAGAUGGAGUUGGACGUUGCCGAAGAUGCUACAGAGAAGAGGAAAGUGCUGGAGGUGGAGAAGGAAGUCACAGAGGAAUUACAGCAGAAAUACAAGGACCAGGUGGAAAAGGAGAAGGCCAUCGCCAAAGCCCUGGAAGACCUGCGGGCCAACUUUUACUGUGAGCUGUGUGAGAAACAGUACCAGAAGCACCAAGAGUUUGACAACCACAUCAACUCGUACGAUCACGCUCAUAAGCAGAGGCUUAAGGAGCUGAAGCAGAGGGAGUUUGCGAGAAACGUGUCAUCACGCUCCCGGAAGGGUGGGAAGAAGCAGGAGAAGCUGCUACGCAGGCUGCAUGAGCUGGCUGAGCAGAGGAAACAGCAGAACCGUACCCCGGGAAGUGGUCCCAUGUUCAAACCCACCACCGUGGCAGUAGACGGAGAGAAGGGUGAAGAGGGGAGUGCUGUAACCCCCGAGUAUGUCCCCCCUGCAGACACUGCCAUGGAGGGCUUGUCAGGGGAGGAGAAGAGCAGUGGGGGUCAGGCCUCCCCCAAACCAGCCCCCACCGUCAGCUUCUCCCUGGGGAAGAGCAGCUCAUCCCCGGCCGGGGCCUCCAAGGUCAGCGUGUCCUUCUCCUUCGCCAAGAAACCCCCGGUGAAGCUGGAGACGGUCGCAGCAGUGUUCGCUAAACUCCAUCAGGAUGACGAGGAGGAGGGGGGUGGACAGGAGGAGGGAGGGGAGAAGGACGUGGGACGGGAGGAGACGUCAGGCUGCAGCACCGAGAGCCCCAAGGGAGGAGGGGGGAAUGGAACAGCAGGGCCAGAGGAGGAGGAGGAGGAGCAGGAGGAGCAACUACAUCAAGAACAACCAGAGCAGGAGGAAGAGGAUGAUGGCGCCUCCCUAGCCUCCACUCUCAACAAGCUGAAGAUGAUGAUGAAGAAGGAGGAAGGCUGGGCCGGCCAGGAGCCUGAGUACUACCACUACAUCCCACCAACUCACUGCAGAGUCAAACCCCGCUUCCAGUUCCUGGUGUUCAUGAAGGCCACAGACCAGUGUGAGAUCAGAGAGCAAGAAGAAGAUGAAGAAGAGAAGGAAGAAAAGGUGGUAGCAGAGGUUUCUGAGCAGACACAGCCAAAAGCUACUGAGUGCAAAUCAAAGGAGCCAGCGAGAACUCCUGCAGCUCCAGUCACAGAGCCCAGUCCUACUCCCACAGUCACAGAGCCCAGUCCUACUCCCACAGUCACAGAGCCCACUCCUACUCCCACAUCACCUAAACUGAAGACUGAAGAGGUCUCUGCCAGCUUCACAGACCCUCCUCCCACAACGGCCCCUACGCUAGAACCAGACAACAAGCAGGAGGCCCCACUCCCAGUCCCAGAGCCCAACUUGGGCCCCAAAAUCCCCACCGGUCCCUUCUUCCUGGUCCUGAGCAAAGACGAGAGCACCACUCUCCAGUGGCCCUCGGAGCUGCUGGAUUUUACCAAGGCUCAGCCCGCCCUCUCUUACAGCUGCAACCCCCUGUACUUCGACUUCAAACUGUCCCGCAACAAAGGGGCCCGUGCUGGACGAGCAGCAAAGUCCUCCAAGCCCGCUGGUGAAGGAGCUGAGAAAAAAAACAAUCCUGAGGCAGCUGCUGCAGUCAAUGAGGGGAAUGCUGCUGCUGCUGCCACCACCACCCCUGGGCCCAGCACUGACAACACUGGUAAGGAGCAGCCCUCCUUAAAAAUAGAGGGUUCCCAAGGGGAGACUGAGGAGCAAAAGCUACAGAGUAGCACAAGCGGAGCCAAGAAGAAGAAAAAGAAGAAAAAGAAGAAGCAUAAGAAAUCUGGCAAAGGCUCCAAGCACAAAGAAAAAGAGAAGGGAGCCGUAGUCGACGGGGACGCGGAAACUGAGAUCCUAGGAGAGAAAACCAAAAAGAAGAAAAAACACAAACGAAAGAAGAGCAAAAACAAAGGUGAGGAGGGGGAAGGAGGAGGUGGUGGUGAUAAGCAAAAGCCUAAAGAGGAAAAAGCAGUAACCGCAACAGUUUCUAGUGCUCCCCCAGCACCAGCAGGAACAGGAACGGAACCUGGUAAGAGGAAACGACCAGCCAAAGAGGCACCUCAGAAGUCCGGGGCAGAGGAAGGUGGGGCAGGGAAAGGUUCUGACGAGGCCAAGCCCUCUGAGGAGCACAACGGCACCAAGCGUCUGAAGACAGACCCCAGCGCCCCACCCAACGCUUCCUGCUCCUCCUCGGCCCAGAAGAGCCCCGGGCCAGGCAGACCACGCAGCAGUGAGAGUGAGGAGGAAGGAGGUGGAGGCUCUGCUUCCCGAUCCAGCCGCCGUAGGUCCACACCCCGGGAGGGGCGCCGGCACCAGAGCGAGGACUCCGGCCGCUCCCGAAGCCACUCGUCGCAUCGGGGAGACGGGCGAGGGAGCAGCCGGCGGCGGCACCGCGGCCAGGCCUCCCGUAGCCAGUCAGACUCCAGCAGCUCAGAGCGCUCCUCGAGCGCCUACAGCCGGCGCAGCCGCAGCUACUCAGACAGUUACAGUGACGACAGUGACGGGGGGCGCCACCGGAGACACUCUAAACGCUCCUCUGACUCCGAGUACGAUCGACGGGGAAGCGGCGGGCGGCGGCGCUCCAGAAGACGUCACUACUCGUCCUCGUCCUCGGAGGACUCUCGCUCCCGCUCACGCAGCCACAGCCGCAGGAAGAGGCACCAGCGGCGGCACCGGAGCAGCUCUCGGAGCUCUAGCAGCAGGAGCCGCAGCAGCAGCGCCAGGUCAUGGAGACGCAGCUACAGCCGCAGUCACAGCUCAGCCAGCCGCUCCUCCAGCUCCACCAAGGGCUCCCCUCACCGGGGUCGGGGAGGCCGGGGGGCCCACAGGGACCGGGCAGACAGCGCCACACGGCGUCGAGACUUCAACCGCUCCUGCAUCUACCGCUCCCAGUCCCCCCGCUCUGCCUCAUCACGAGCCCCAAACCGCAACAGCAGCUCCCAGAGCCAGAGGGCAGGGGGGUCCCGGGGAGAAGGAGGAGGAGACCAGAGGAACUCUUCCUCACACUUCACCGCCCGCCAGCUUCUGGAUAAGAUCCAGUCCAGGAAGGGAUCUGAUGUCCCAACCACAGGGACCAAGACUGGCGCCAAGAUCAAGGACCCACCAUCGGGCUACUUUGGGCCCAAACUGCCUCCAGCUCUGGGCAAUAAGUCCAUGCUGCCCCUGUUCGGUAAACUGCAGGCAGGGAAGAAAUUCCCUGCGAUCCCCCUGACCCGGCCUGAUGGUGGAGAGAAGUCAUCAGCAGGGAAAGGUUCAGAUGCCAGGGCAGAGGUCAUCCUGAUGGAGCCCAUCCGGGAGUUCCCCCCACCACCUCCCCCUCAACCAGCUCAUAAGAAAGUGGAGGAGACGGUAGUAGUAGUUCAGGAGGCCCGCCACCUCACCCUGGACGCACGGGUUCUUCAUGAGCCCCGGCCGCUGUUCCAUCAGGAGCCCUCCAUGCUGAUGCCCCCAUACCAGGGCGAGCCGGGACAGGACCCCUCCCAAAACCCCAUGAUGGAGCCCCUCAUGCCUGACAUGCAGCAGCAGCCUCCCCCCAUGCACGCCUACCCCAACUACCCCCCGCCCAGCCUGGAGGAGGAGGACAUGGGCAUGGAGGCAGAGGAGGACGGUCUGGCCCCGCUGGAGAGCCAGCCCAUCACCUUCACCCCAGAGGAGAUGGAGAAGUACGGCAAGCUGCAGCAGGCCGCCCAGCAGCACAUCCAGCAGCAGCUCCUGGCCAAGCACAUCAAGACCUUCCCCUCAGCCGCAGCAGCACAGGCUGCAGCGAACAUGGCUGCAGCAGCGAACCAUCUGCAGCCGGCACCCCCCCCCCCCCAGCAGCAGAUGAUCCAGAUCCACCAACCUGCUGUGUCUGCAGCCUCGGCUACCUCCCUCACCACAGUACAACACCUUAUCCAGCAGCACCAUGCUGCUCAGGCUGCAGCCAUGGGCAUCCACCCACACGGACCCCACCCACACCCCCAGUUAGCCCAGGUCCACCACAUCCCCCAGCACCACCUCACCCCCAUCUCCCUGUCUCACCUGGGCCACUCUCUAGGCCACACUCUGGGCCACCAGUUGGGAGUGGGACACGCUGGACUGAUCCCUGCCCACCACACGGCCUUCCUCUCUGGCCAGCCCAUACACAUUAUCCCAGCCUCAGCACUUCAUCACCACAGCCCCUUAGCCCUCCACCACAUACCACACUCAUCCCUCUACCCAACGCUGUUCGCCCCCCGGCACACUAACGCCGCUGCGGCAGCCGCACUGCAGCUCCACCCCUUCCUGCACCCCAUUUUCUCAGGGCAGGACCUCCAGCACCCCCUAACCACGGCUCCUGAGAAAGUGUGUCCACAUUAGAGGAGGGUGUUUUGGCCAGAGCAGGCCUGGUUAAACAUCUGAAUUAACAUGGAGAGAGGGAGGUGUAGUGGCAGCAGGUGAUUAUGAGAAUAUCAUCAAAAUGGCCACCAUUAGACCACUGGCCAGACAGAGGUGCUGUGAUAUGCUGCCUGUGCAGAGGUAAACAACAGACAUUUACUGUGGGCUCUUUGAAUGGACCCCUCCCAACAGUUGCCUGACAUUCACCCUGAGGUUUCUGGACAGGGUGGAGGAGAGUUUGAGGCAACCUCAAAUCUAAGACGGCAGUUUGUUUUGAAUGGUAACCCAGUUAAAAAAAAAAAAAAAAAAAAAUAGAAUCAGAAACCUCUGGAGUAUUUUUUUUGUCCCACAGUUUAUAACUGAUUGUUGCUGUCAAUGUUCUUCUUUGUUUUUACAGCCAAAGAGACGCAGUGGCUGAAGCCAUAAGCCGGAUGGUGUUGUGGGAAAGGAAAGGGGAGAUGAGAUGGGGACAAGGGGGGGUUUAGGGUGACAUCCAUGACUGGAAACAGCCUUGACUUUGUAAUGUAAUCUGGUGGCUCUAGUCUACUGCCUGAAUUCUGUUGUCAUUAAUAUCUAAUGUUCUCACAUGACUACUUGCUCUAUUCAUGACCCGUAAUAUUCACCAACAAUUUGUAAUACGGUAUAGUGUACAUAGAUCACUGAGCAAUGUGAAGUAUCCCUCUAAUAUGAUGGGCAUAUAAGGGAUGUUCUUUAAUACUGACUAAUGAAAUGUUACCCAUAAGGAAAUGAAAAUGGUCACUGGUGGGGGAACACCGAUAAGAGGUUGGGCAAAGCUCAUGUUUUAUUGGAGGUACUGUGGGGGGGGGGGGGGGGUCACACCCUGCUGUAGGGUUAAAGGUCAUGUUGUUCCAAGUGGUAGUGGCUGUAUUUCGAAAUGACUUGCACUGAAAUCUGUACAUCAAGAUGCUGCUUUCGCAUCAUGUAACAAAUGUAUGAUUGUAGUAUACUGCAAUAAUUGUAUUUUUUUUGUUUCUAAAUUAUUUUCCAAAAUGCUCAAUGUUUUUCCUCUUGUCAUUUUUGCUCAAUGUAAAUAAAAUUGCUGUAGUUAACCCCAAUAACAUUCUAGAGGUUUGUUGCUACUGUAAAAAAUAAAUAACUGAAGGAACGAAGAUGGACAAGAAUACUUUAUCAAGACAUUCUCUGAACUAUUAUCCUGUGUGGGAAGGAUUGGGUGACGGGACUGCCCUGUAAGAGGCAGCAAUGGUAUGUCUUUUUUAAAUAUGAUGCGUCAGAAAAUAAAGAGUUUUGAGUUGCUA